AUGAGCUCGCACAAUGCUCUGGGGUUCAGGCGGGCAGCCGGCGUCAGUCUUAUUGUGAAGGUCUGGCUGCCCAGGCCUCAGGUCACUGCCACCCUGAGCCUGGGCAUCAUGGAAGAGGAAGACCUGGCCGAGUACUUCAGGUUGCAGUAUGGGGAGCGGCUGCUACAACUACUUAAGAAGUUCCCCCACAUUGGAGAGCAGACAGCGUCCCCAUCUAUCCAGCUACUGGAGAAGAAAAAGGAGACCAAGAUCAUGCACCAUGCUAUGUUGCAGAAGAAGGAGACAUUUCAGAGUAGAAUGGAAACAAUGAACGUGCGCUGGGAGGAACUGGGCACCAAGGAGGCCCAGCUGAAUGCCCACAUUCAGAAGUUUGAACAAUUCAUCCAGGAGAACGACCAGAAGCGGGUCCGUGCCCUGAAGAAGGCCAACAAGGAGAGGGACCUCAGGAGGCAGCGCAUGCGCGAGCUGGCCAAGGCCAAGCAGGAGAUGGCGGCCCUGCGGCUGCAGCACCAGCGGCUCAGCAGCAAGCUGCAGGACUACUCCAUCUUCAACAAGUACCUGGAGAAGGUGGUGGAGAACUCCCAGUUUGAGGAGGCCCACGAGGUGAUGGCGCGCUACAAGACGCUGGUGAACAUGCACUCCGACCUCAUUCAGUCGGUGCAGGAGGGCCAGGAGAAGAUCAAGCAUGCCAAGGCGUGGCUGGCCCGCUACAUGGAGGAGAAGGACGAUGAGAUCCUGCAGCACAACAUCGACCUGGCGUACCUGAAGAUGCGCCUCGAGCGCGCCCGCAGCGACGUCAUCAUCUGGGAAUCUCGCUGGGCGCACAUCCAGAACACCGCCGCCAAGAAGACCCUCUUGCUCGGCACCAUUAAGAUGGCAACACUGAACCUCUUCCAGAUCGUGAGCAAGCAGCUGAAGGAGAGAACCAAUGUGUCCCUAGAGGACACGCACAAACAGCUGGACAUGAUCCAGCAGUUCAUCCAGGACCUGUCAUGCAUCUGGGCAGAGGUGAAGAAGAAGGACCAACAGCAGAUCCGGGUUUAA